AUGGCUACUAUUAAUAUCGGAGGAAACAAUCAAGACCGAUUUUAUCGGUAUAAAAUGCCUAAACUUAUUUCUAAGAUUGAAGGCAAAGGUAAUGGAAUCAAAACUGUAGUCCCAAAUAUGUCAGAUAUUGCGCGUUCCUUGAGUCGACCACCGACAUAUCCCACUAAAUUCUUCGGAUGUGAACUUGGUGCUCAAGUUAAAUGUGACGAAAAAACCGAUCGUUAUAUUGUUAAUGGCGCACACGAAGCCGCUAGACUCCAAGAAUUGCUCGACGUCUUCAUUAAAAAAUUUGUUCUUUGCGCCGGUUGUAAUAACCCCGAAACUGAUUUAAUUAUUAUCGGUAAAAAUAAUAGUCAGAAAAUUAUCCGUGAUUGCAAGGCCUGCGGUCAACGAACUGAUGUUGAUAUGCGUCACAAGCUUGUUACCUACAUCCUGAAAUAUCCGCCUACUCCUCCCAAAUCUAAAGGCACUAAGAAGGACAAAAAAACCAAGAAAGGUGAAGACGAUGAGCAAGCAUCUCCCACUGCUAAAGGCUCUUCUGAAGAAGGAACGGAUGAUGAACUUACUCGUCGCAUCGAGGCUGAAGCUGCUAGUCUUCCUACUGCAGAUGAAUAUAGGGAUGAUGAUGAUUGGGUUCUUGACACCUCCGCGGAAGCUGUUGCAAAACGUACUAAAGAAUUUUCUAAACUUCUGUUAGACGAAAGCGGUUCAGACGAAGAGAGUGGAGAUCCUUACGAACAACUCGAUAAAUGGUUGGAGAAACAUGCUACAUCAGCCUCUAGCAAUGAUAUAUAUAAGAAAAUUAAGGAACUCGGUAUUGCCAAAGAAACUGAUCAGUUUCUCCAAAAUCCUGAUGAUCAAAGGGCUCUUUUAGGAGCUACCGAAGUACUCGUCUCUGAACAUAAAGAUUUGUUUGAAAGUAAGAUUGUUUGCAGCAUUUUGAUGGGAUAUUAUCAAAAUGAUUUGCUUGAAGAAGAAGUGUUCCAAGCGUGGCUCGAAGGUGAUAGUUCCAAGACUUAUCGAAAUCUCUUUAAGAGAAAUGCUUCAGUUAGCUACGUUGAUGCUGCAAUCAACCAAGAUAUUCGCAACAAGGCAAAGCCAUUUGCGAAAUGUAUACUUUUUAUCCAAAAAUACUUUUGA